CUACGAGUUAAGUAUAAAGCAGGAUCUCAUUAUGCCGGAGUCCAGGUAAUCCGUUUCAACACAUUUGUGACGAUUAAAGGCUCAGACUUUAUCUUAAUAUCCCUUUAAAAGCACAUGUCCAGGAUUGGCAUCUAGCAUAAUCAAUAAUGUUGUAUUAUUCAUGAAGACAUUCCUUAUUUAAUUAUGAUAUGGGAAGUCACUUAUGAACGUAAUGGCUAAAGUGCCUUUACACAGCUUAUAAUACUACUUACAAUGGACCCAUGCUUUAGAGAUUCAAGCCACGCCUCUAACCCCACCCCUUUCACUGGGUACGCUGCAGUCAUGGAGAAUGCAUUCCACUCUCGACCAAUGAGAAGCGGCGCCGUGCCCAUGUGUGUAUUGUUUAAACUGCUCAAAUCAACCGUGUGUUUCGAGAUUUAGAAAACUUUCAAAUUGAAUGAUGGCGGCCGCAGUGUCCGUUAGCGCAGCUGCCAGAGAAGAAAGCACAGAUAUAGGCACCAUCAACUCUGCCUCCCGUCCACUCCACGAGAGCUACGACGUCGACCAAGGAAACUGGAUGUCAAGAAAUCAGGAGCACGUAGAGCUUGAGCCCGGCGGGGAAGAUGCGGCGACAUCGUGGCACGACUGUCCGCGAAGAGUCGACGAAGAGUUGACAUCGUUGAACCCUGAAGAGAUCGAGAGUCGCCUCGAUAGGACCCGUCGAGAGUUUUAUAACCGCCGCAAAAUCACAAUCAAGAAUUUACCAUCAGAUAUUAGUAAUCAGGAGGUGCACGAGCUUUUGAGCAACUAUGAUCUCAAGUACUGCUUCGUGGACAAGUACAAGGGCACAGCCUUUGUCACGCUGCUCAACGGCGAGCAGGCGCAGCGGGCCAUCAAGGAGUUCCACCAGCACGCGCUACGCGACCGCGACCUCUCGGUGCAGCUGCAGCCCACGGACGCGCUGCUGUGCAUCGCCAACCUGCCCCGGGCGCUCACGCAGCAGCAGUUCGAGGAGCUGGUGCGGCCCUUCGGCAACCUGGAGCGCUGCUUCCUGGUGUACAGCGGCGCCACGGGCCACUCCAAGGGCUACGGCUUCGUGGAGUACAUGAAGAAGGACUCUGCGGCGCGUGCCAAGUCGGAGCUGCUGGGAAAGCAGCUGGGCUCGCGCACGCUGUACGUCCACUGGACGGAGGUGGGCUCCCUCACGUACCCGCUGCUGCACUCGCGCUGCCUGUGCGUGGACCGCCUGCCCCCCAGCCUGAUGACCGCCCAGGACCUCCGCAACGCCCUGGCCGACGCCCACACGUCCAUCUUCUGCCAGCUCGCCCAGGGACAGGAUAUGAGCUUUCGGCGCUUUGCGGUCCUCGAGUUCUCCUCGGGGGAGAUGGCCGAGGAGGCACAGCGGCUGGCCGACGGGCGCCUGCUGGGCGGCUCGCACAUCCGGGUCUCCUUCUGUGCCCCCGGUCCGCCGGGACGCAGCAUGCUGGCCGCCCUGAUCGCUGCCCAGACCAUGGCGGUGAACCGGGGUAAGGGGCUCCUGCCAGACCCCACCGCCAUGCAGAUCCUCACGGGCCUCAGUAACCCUGCCACGCUCAAGAUGCUGCUCAAUCCAAUGAGCCAGGGCCGUAAACAAGGUAUUCUCGGGAUGGGCCCGCCUCCCUCCAUGCCCCUGCUGGCAAACCCGGCCCUCUCUGCUGCCCUCCUGCAGAUGCUCCUGCAGAACCAGGCUCAGGCUCAACAGCAGGCAGGACUCAUGGGGGAUAGUCCUCUGGCGACGCUGCCUCUCCAGCAGGGCCUCCAUAUGCUCGGAGAGCUCCCACAAGAUGCCCUGGCCCCUCUGAAGCCCAUGUCUCUUAACCGAGGCCAGGGGAGGGAUCAAGAGUCUCCCACCGCGGCGGGCUCCUUCCCCCAGACGCCCUCUCCCACCCUGCAGGGCAUCUCCAUGCCCCACAUGGCCGGCAUGAUGGGAGCAGAAGGUCUCGCUCCACAAGGGCUGUCGAUACUAGGCGAGCCGCCGAAAGAAGUCCACCACGGCCAGGGAUCUUUCCUCAAUGGCCACAACAUGUAUUCAUCAGGAGCGAACUGCAGACCCCACCCCUACAGGAAGAGGCAGACGUUAAGCAGCGCGUCCAACCAUCGCUCAAACCACGGCCUGCAUGGAAACUACAACCUGCGCUACCAGGAGUCCUACAGCCCAGAGUACCCUCCCUUACACCAGGAUCCUCUGGGCCAUCUGUACGAGCAGCAGGAGAACCUGGACGCCGGGGCGCUGGCAGGCUUCGGGCUGCAGCUGUCCUGUCCGCCCGAAUACGGCGAGCGCUCUGCCCACUACGGCUUCGCUCCCAGCCCGCCGCUCGCGCCCUACUUCAACUCGGCCCCCGGCGCGCCGGCCAGGAACGGCCUCCCCUCCGCUCACCUGAACAAGGCCGUAGGAAUGCCCCCUAUGAGUAAUCCACUUGACUACCUGGGGAAUGCCAUGAAGACACCCAUCGGCGGUCACAAGCGCAUGUUCUCGCGCCUCAUCCCGUCUCCGGAGCCCAGCCCUGAGGGGGGCUACGUGGGCCAGCACUCCCAGGGCCUGGGGGGCCACUACGCAGACUCUUACCUGAAACGCAAGCGCAUCUUCUGACCGGAGGCCUGGCUGUCUUUCCUGUGCUAGCCGCCGUCUCCACCUCCUCGGACCCGGCGCAGCGCCCCCAGCCACCAGCAGGGUGACCCCUCCACCCGGUUCCUUUUCUGUGUGUGCUCCCGCUGGCGACCCCUGGAGGGCGCUAGGGAGCGCGGCUUGUUUGCCAUCUGGACAGUUGCGUGCCAGCCUUAAGGGAGUUUUCUUUUUGAUGUAUUUUAUUUGACAAAUGUAUAUAUGAUUUCAGUGUGUUGGUAAAUUAUUUUUAUUAAUUGCCUUACUUUUUUGUGUGGCUUUUUUUUAAUUUCAGGAGGUCUUUUUUUUUUUGCCAGAUACAUUUUUGUAUUUUGUAAUGAAAUGGAGAGAAAAAAAAUGGUGAUGUUAACUUGGCUAGCUACCCCACCUUCCUCCUUAUCGAGUAUGACUUGUCAACAGGUUUAUCUCUAGUUCAUUUCCAUCUAUGGCCGUCACAGCUCCAUCAUGCUGCUACGUGGUGCUUUAAGGAUCUACAUGUGCUACUUGUAUUAUUCUUUUUACUUUACUGUGAUGCAUUCAUACCAAUUUUUAUUUGAGUCUCUACCACCCAAAGGACGUGUGGAUGGCAGCUUUGCUUGUGCCAUGGUUAUUCCUCACAGUUGUUUUUGAUAGACUUUUCUGUGUGUAAAAAGUUCAGUCUUUUUAAUAUUUUUUUCUGCAUUAGGUGUUCUUAGAUUCCUUCCAAUUUCAUCCCACCGGUUUGGCUCUUUGUUUACAUAGCUGGACACGAUUCAGGCCCCUCUACUGACGCUCAUCGAGCUUUCCGCCCGUCUGUACAGACGUCUGACGUCAACCCCCCACCGACUUUGUAUUUACGAACCCAGGAAACCCUCCGUCUCAGCCACGGACCCUUCCACAUGGUUAUGUCUUUGAACUGCACUUCUGUUUUCCUCUGCACUAGUUUGAGUGAAGCACUCCUCCGGUCACACUUCCCGGUGAUUCCCUCUCGACGUAUGCCCUGAAAUGGAGUGGUUACUUGUUGGUGUGAUGGUAUUUUUCUUUUGACCCCCUCUUGUUUGUAUUUAGUAUUAUAUUCUUCCCCCCCCCCCCCCCUCUGCUGACUUUCAGAUGGCUUUCCGGUAUAUUCCUGACCCCUCACCUCAAAUGCACCGUUUGACACAUUUAAACAUCCAAACCCCCCCCCAUUUCCCUUUUUCUUUUUUCUGGAGUUAAAGUAUGAAAAGUCCCUAUCUAGCGACUCCGUGGGACAUGGUGGGGACCGCCGAAGUAGGCCGUUAACCACGUAUGCUACCCCUCGCUUUUAAGUUUCAAGUCUGAAUAAUGGAUGCUGGGCAGCGGGGGAUAUGUCUGUAUGUUUGCGUGUGUGUGUCUGUGGAGCCUUGGUGGACUGUUUUGAUUGUAUUAACCCAUUACCUCUGACCUCGUAUGGGCCUGUAGGUCUACCUGAGCCUAGAAGUGUGUCUGUGCCCACAAGAGGCCCCGUGAUCGUUUCCGGCUAUACUUGGUUUCUGUGUUCAUUGCCGUGUUAAUACUUAAGCUUGAUCAUUUUUUCCUUGGAGUCCCGAACUCUUGUUUUCUUCAGCUAAAUCAGCCUUUGGUCCGGUUAUUUUUUUAUUUUUCAGAGUGAGUGGGCUUAACAUGUUUUCUGUAAAUUUUGAACGGCUAGAUCGCCAUGAAUGAUUUGAGCCAGGGGCCUUAUGUUAACUGCACCAAGUGAUGCUGCUGUUCUGUAAUAAUUUCUGGUUUUCUUUGGUCUUUCCAUUUGCAAGUGCUUUCAUAUGUAUGGUAAUGGUUGUUUAUAUGUGCGUGUGUGUGAUGUGAGAAAUUAAAUGUUAUUUAAAACAGCUUAAUUUUUUGGAUGCCUUCAUUUGUUUUAUAUAAGUGCUUGUACUCAAACUUUUAAUAGGAGUAGAUCUUGUGAAAGUGCCACAACCUGAUAUUCAAAUUAGUUUCCAUGGUAACAAUUUCACGAACGCAGGAUUUUUGAUCACUGUAUAAUUUUGGAGGCUUGAAGGAAGGUCAUGGACUUUUUGAUUUGUUAAAUAUAAAUCCAGUCAUAUUGGACCAGUGACGGUAUUUUAUGUGAAUUAUUAAUUUACUUUAGAUCUAUCCUAUUAACUAAUCCUAUUAUUAAUGUCAUACAGCCAGGCCAAAGAAAAGGAAAUCCCUCUGUCCAAGCCCUGCUGUAUUAAAUAUAAAUGGAAGUUCAAAAGUUCUGGCAAAGUAGAUUAAUCAUCUUACAUUAGAUUAUU